UGGUUCAUCUAUGGAUAAUCGGUUUCAAGCUAAUACAGAACCGUCAGAGUCCAGAUCAGGCAUAGCUUCGACUUCUUACUCUAAAUCUGAUGGUGAACAUCAUGUUUCUGCUGGUGCAACAUCUGAAUCUCCAGUUCCUAGUAAUAUGCAUGAAUCAACAUCGACACAAUCUCCUCCAAUCCAAGUGAUGGACAGAGUCAUAGAAGGAUUAGAUCCUUAUAGGGUUCCCUCUUCGGUCUUUGAUAGAAGUAAAUCAUCAAAUCCUGCAAAUUGGAGUAUUACUUCCAACGAGUCAUUGUUUAGCAUCCAAAUAGGGAACACUAGUUUCUCCAGAGAUCAGUUUCUAAUCUUCAAAUCUGGGGAAUUUUUCAAAGAUGAGGUAUUUACGUUAAGUACUUCACCAGCUGCAUCUCCACCGUGCCCUGCCAAAACGGGUGUUGAAUUUGACAAGAUAUCAGAUUAUACCGAGAAGGAUAAAACAAGGCCAAGUGCUGAAGAACCAACUGGGGAAAAGCCAACUCAUUUCUGGAACUCACCCUGCCCUUCUCGUCUUUCUGUUGAAACAGGAGCCAGUGUACAUUCCUUUGCCUUUCCAGUGUAAGUUAAUAGCAUUCUCUAUCAGCAAUUAUCCUACUUUUAACCAUCAUAUGCUCACUUUGUUAC